AAUACAUACCGAACAAAACUACAAAAGCAAUUAAGCGAGGGCUUUUUGUGCAAGCCAACGCUCCAAUGCGCUUCAAAACAUAAAACCUUGGGAGUUUCCCUGCUGUGGCCACUGCAAAAUUUCUAAGUUUUCUGGGAAGCCAAUCAUCUUUCCAUCUGGGUUCCUAUCUAUCUCGGAUUUCUCCCCGCAGAAGCUCAAUUUUCAGUUUUUGCAGUUUCUUGAUUUCUGGGCGUGAUGAUGGGGGGUUGGAGGCGGCCGAAGGACGAAUAUAAUCACCUAGAAGUUCAGAAGACAAGAUCAAAUUCCAGAAAACCGCCUCUGAGUCAUUGGCAGGCCACCGUGCCUUCAUGGGAGAAAAAAUUUUGUUAUUCUGUCGGUGCAGUUCCAUGGCGUAAAGUCCUAGAAACCAAAAAGCUUAUGUACCUAUAUGAAAAUGUAGUUAAGUGGAAUGACUCUGCAGGUGAAGAAGCUUUCCACAAUGCCAAAAAUAGAUUUUGGGCAGAGAUGAAUGGCCUUUCGUGUGACAUAUCUUUGCCAGAUCCAGAUAUCUAUAUUGAUGUUAUUGAUUGGAACUGUGACAUUGAUCCGGAGCUGUUACUAGACCUAGAACGGGAACCUGCAAUUCCUGUCAAGGGGGAUAAUGACGAAGAUGUUGUGAUUCUAGGUCAUCCUCUUCUCUUGAAUCAUUCUUUCUCGUGCACUGGAUGGGGUGAUGCUGAAGAUGAUUUGAGAAAAGUCACAAACUCUUCUGGUAAUGAAAUUGGGGAUUGUCAAGCCAAUGCAUGUGAUGAUGAAAAUCCUUGGGAAAGUGGUUUUGCUCAAAGGAACGAAGCUGAAAAUGGAUGGGGAAACUGUUGGAAUAAUUCAAUGGGCUUGAACACAUGGGAGAACAAUCUUCAUGCAUCUGAGAAUUUUGAGGUUAGAAGAGAUGAUGGAGAUUGGAAUAUGUGGAAUGGUAAUGGCAGGAAAACAGAAGGCACUGGUUGGUACAGGUCUAGAUAUAAAACACUGAAGUCUUUUGGUGAUGAAAAUCAGGCAGAUUGUGGGGAAAAGAAUGGAAGAUGGAGGAAGAGGGUCAACUUUGCUUAUGAAAGGCCAUCCAUGGAAAGAAAGCCUGGUUCAAGACAGGGAAACUCUAUGAAUUCUUGUGGACGAGGAAGUCAUCGCAGAUCACGCAACACCAGGAAUUCAUGGGAUUGGGAGAAACAAUGUUCUUAGAAGUUCAGCUAGUAUUUUGUUUUCUCUACUCUGUUAGUAACUCCUUCUGUUCUGGUCGUGCCCGGGUAUUGUAUGUAGUACAUAAUAUAGUGUUGGCGAAGUUCUUAUGUUAUUUGUUCAAUUGCCCUGUAAUUUUUUUGUUCACUUCGAGAGCGUUUCCUGUUCGAAUUCCGAACAUGAAUUGUGCCAUCAAGAGGGUUUGUUUUGUUUUGCUAGUCAAUUCGUUGGUAAGGUUCUCAUAAUCCUUUGCGGUCUUUCUUUGUAUUGGAUGGGUCUCUGAAUAUCAAUCAAGGUUAGUAAUGUUUAUGAUUUA